AUGUCAUCAGCUAGUUUGAAAAAGAUAGCAGCUAAAAAUAAGGUAAUCUUAGAUCAACUCUUAUACAUAUCUAUAUUCCUCAAUUUGUUGAUUAUAGUUGUACUUGUACUCUUACGAAGACCAAGAAAUUUCACUUACUAUAUCAUUUUCACCAUUCCAAGUAUUGUGAUACAAUACCUCUUGGAAGCUAAAGGGCGUCCCAAGCUUGACCAAAACCAACGAUUGCUUAAAUCAGGUGACGAUAUUUUGCAAAAAGGUAGCUUGUUCCAAUAUUGCUUUGAUGUUAUUUAUUUAACAUGGUUUUUCGAUAUAUUGAUGGUUUUAUUUGGCACCAAUAAAGUUUGGUUGGGGUAUUUAGUCAUACCGGGAUACAUUGGCUACAAGUUAAGUGGAUUUAUCUUGCCAUUUUUGAAGAAAAGUAAAAAGACAAAGGAAAUGGUGGAUACAAAGAAAGAAGAGAAUGAUUCAGGGUUAAGUAAGCGCCAACUGAAAUUAAGAGCUAGGCAAGAGAAAGGACCAACUACAAAAUACAGAUGA